AAACAUACCUUUGUGUGCGUUUCUGCUGCCAGUAGUCCCGAAAGUAUCCAGCCUAUUGCAAUAGUGUCACGGCCUCUGGCUUACCAUGCAAUAACUUGCACCCCACAUGGAUGCAGCUUUGUGUGUUCCCCUGAGUACGAAGCAGAACAGCUUCAAUUUCCAGAUGUUCUUGAAUCAAAACAUGGAUCUGUGUCUUUAGAAGAAGGAAUAUUGCAGCCGUUAAGUACUGAACAAUUUUAUUCAGCCCCUGCAGCUGAUACCGUUGUCCAACAGUCACCUCCCAUUCUUGAGGCAGCUCCCUUUCCAAAACCACCUGAUCCAAAAACAUGUUCUCCUCAAGAAUACUUAGAGAAUUACUUAUUUCCAGUACUCUUACCUGGAAUUGCUGAACUUCUGCAUCAAGCAAAGAAGGAAAAGUGUUUUGAGAGAAAAAGAACCAAAUUUAUUGCCUGUGAUUUCCUAACUGAGUGGUUAUACAACAAGAACCCAAAGAGGAAAGAUGAGUCAUUCACAGAAUUCUUUUGCAUUCCUUUUGUUCACGACUGGCUCAAAGACCAUCCUAGACCACCAAUUCCUCUGUCUCUCCUUCUAUCAGAAGAAGCAGCAAGCAUAAUAAUUCAGUCCUUCUGGAGAGGUUAUCGGGCCCGCUGCACUAGUGAAAUACAAGAGCUACGGCAGUGGCAAAAGCAGUUGAGAGAGGACAAAAACAUUAUUGAAAGAGUGAAAGAAUUCUGGAUUAAGCAGGAAGCCAAAU